GUCUUCAUGGGUUACUGACUUUGAAUAAGUCUUUGUGUGUUACAAGGAAAUAAGACAACUGGAACUACUUUCCUAAUGUAAACGAGAGGGGUCAUUGGGAUUAUAUUAAACGUAACCGAAUGGCUGAACCAGAGGGAACGGUAGACUGGCAAGAUGGCAAAUCACUAUCAGAAUGUAUGACAUACAUGUUAGAGAAGGAAAUUAUGUGUGACGUCACAUUCUAUGUUGGAACAGAUCAAAGUAUUAUCAAAGCGCACAAGUACAUGUUGGCGAGCCGAAGUCCCGUGUUUUAUACCAUGUUUGAAGGUUCUUGUCCUGAAAAGGGAGAAAUCAUCGUAACAGAUAUUGAUUCAGCAACUUUUAAAGUUUUGUUGAAGUAUAUUUAUUCAGAUGUACUGGAUCUUUCACUUGACAACAUUCAAGAAGUGCUUUAUGGUGCCGAAAAGUAUAUGCUAUCAACAAUGAAAGAUGAAUGUACGAGUCUGCUCUUAUCGUCAGUUGAAACAUCGAAUGCACCAGGGGUAUUCAAUGUUGCAUCUCAUUUUCACCUUGAGCAUCUCAAAAUCAAGAGUCUCGAGCAUAUUCAGAAAAAUGCAGCUGAAUGCCUGAUAGCGCCAAAUGCUAUUAAAAUGUCAAAAGAAUGCAUGGAAGCUAUAUUGAGACUGGAUUCCAUAUAUUGUUCCGAAACAGAUAUUUGCCGAUUUCUAAUAAAGUGGGCAAGUCACCAAUGUGAGUCAGAAUUUAAAACGGCAUCCGGUGAAAACUUACGAGAAUUAACUGGUCCCUUGCUGUAUCUGGUCCGGUUUCCGUUGGUUGACAAAGAGUAUUUUGCAAAAGAGAUUGCCCAUUCUGGUCUUCUGAAUUCGGAAGAAGUAAUUAGUGUGUUUUCUUCCCACUUUGGUAGGAAGAACGAAUUUUUCGCAGAAUCAGUCCGAAAUUCAAAAUUAUGUUAUAAUAAGAAGGAUUGCACGGUUUGGCGCCAUAGAUCUGUUGCUAGUCCAUGGUAUCAUACAGGUAAAAAGUAUGAUGCUUUGAAUGUAAAAGUGAAUAGAAACAUUGAACUUAAAUCCGUGAUUUUAUUUGGUCCAGUCGGUAAUGUGCCUAUCUCUGUUAGGGACAUAACUGUAAAGAUUCUUAAUGAUGGCGGCCAUGAAAUAUUUACUCAAAAGUACGAGAGCUGUACACAGAGUAGUGAACUACAAACUGUUCUUUUAUCAGAACCUAUUCCAAUAAAUGCUAAUACCUUGUUUACUAUAAUGGUAGACAGUAUAAAGUUUGAUGCAUACUACGGGAAACAAUGUAAACAAAAAUGUCGAAUAGAUGAUAUAGUUAUAACCUUUGAGAAUUCACCAAACUGUACCACUGGUACAAGUGUAGAACAGGGUCAAAUAGCAGGGAUAGAAUUCAAUGCAUAAUAUAGAACUUGACAUUGAACAUUGUGAUGACUUUAAGGUGGUACCCAACACCUUGACUAAAACUAAUUUGGCUCGUUUAAUUUUCUUAAAAGUUUGACAAAACAUUUACUUUGACCCUUUGAAAAAUAUUUAAAAAAAAAUUAAAAAAAAUUGAACCAAUCACUUUCUCGGAAAACAUUUGUUAAAUUUAAAGCAAUUUGACAAACACGAAUUUCGAUCAUUGAGAAGCUUAAUAUUUUCUUAACAAUAUGAUGAAAACGUUAACCUAAUUUUACAGAGUUAUCUCCCUGUAGUGUUAAUAGGUACUACCUUAAACAAUUAGUUUAUCGCCCCAUUGUUGCCUGAUAAGUGCCAAAUGUAUAUAACAAUAUACAAUUUAUUUUCAUAAUGCAUAAAACUCUGAUUACUCGUUCUGUUUUAAAAGAUAAGCACAAGCCGUUUUUUGUUAAAUUAUUUGUAAUUUCUGUUUUAUAUAAAUGUUGUAUAGGUUUGUA